CCCACUAUACAGGCACAGAAAAAUAGUAUUGUUGCCUGGAAUGCCUCUGCACAACCAGUUUGUUGGAUGAAGGCAGGCGACGUCGUUGAGCCAAACACAGCAAAUACGAUGCACAAGAUUUGUUCCUCGGCAAUGAAUGGAGAAAUUAAACCAGGGGCAUUACGGGGAGUUUAGAAGAUGAUGAAAAAUGAAAGGAAAAAUAAAUAUUAAAAAAGGUUAGAAUACUAUUUUGAAGAGUAACAUCAAUUAUAAAUACUAUUAUAGAGAAGGUUAUUUUAAAAGUACCAUAAGGGAGAAGCCUAUUAAAACAAGUACCAUAAUAGCAAAAAAACUCCACGGCGGCAACAGCCACCAGGAAGCUCCUCCACGCCAUGGUUGUGGGCUCCCAUGGCGAGCAGUUUUCCUGCCCAUGGCGCGACGCCGCUGCUCUCUUUUUUCCCCAUCUCGCUGUGCUCUCUUGGCCGGCAGCAGCAGGGAGCCACCAGCAGCCAUGGCGCCCAUGCCCCCUGUUUUUUUCCAGGGCGCCCAGCAGAUGCAGCCAUGGCCGAGCUCCUUGGGAGCACGCCGGCGCCCUGCUCUUCUCCAUGGCCAAGUCCCCUGGUGCAGGCGCCCCUUCCCCUUGGUCGCUGCCUUCGCUGCGUGUGUGGGGUUGCCAGCAGGAGCUCCUCCAUGGCCGCCGACGCCCUGCAGCUUCCCUUGCCGGCGCCAAACAGCAGCACAUCUCCCUCCUCUUUCUCUGUUCUUGCCAUGGCCGAACCCCCUCUCCCAGCCAGCGUCGCCCUUCUUCCCCCAAAAGCAGAGAGCAGCCGCUCCCAUAUCCCUACAACGCGCUGUCAGUCUUUCCACCCAGCCGGCUCCUCUUCUUCCCUAUGGUCGAGCAGCGCCUACCCUCCCUGAUUUAUUUUCUUGCGCAAGAUAUUGCCUUGGGACUCGACGCCGCCUCCCCAAGUGCAGCCAUGUCCGAGCUUCAUUUUUUUCCCUGCUCUGGCCAAGCCCCUUCCGUGCAUGGUGGUUGGCUUCGCUGCUGCUCGCUCGCUCCCUUGUUGUGCAGCGCCAAGUAGCAGCAGCACGCCGCGCGCGCCACCUGUUUGACGCAAUGCCGAGUCAGGUCGCUGUGCGUCGUCAGCCACCCGUGGGCUCUGCCACGCCAACCAACAGCCACAACAACCCCUUCGUGGCGGGUGCCCCACCUUGCCACGCCACGGUGCCCGUCGUGCUCCUUCGACUUCGCUUCGAUCUCACGCGAUUGACGGCGCGUUCGUCUUCACGCCACAUGUGCAGCAACCACGACUGAGGUUUGAUAUGGACCGAGAGAUGACGAUCGUGCAAGUGAUGUGGUGCCACCCACAAGAUGCAGUCGGUGGACGAACCAAGGAAGGAUGGACUUAACUAGUGGAUGCUCGCCGAGCGAGUAUCUCCCCCAGCAAACACUAUCUAAGUGUCAAAUAAAAGGUACUCCUUAGGGUGAUUGGUUGAUGGUGUGACUUGGCCUUCAUCCCUACCACCGGGAUAGACGGUCGAGAGGGUUAUUGCUUCCGCAGGAGAGGACCAGGAGGAGUAGCGUGGCCAGGCUUCGCCAUGUUACUCGGUUUUCUCCGUUAGUUAUUUCCGCUGCAUUAAAAUUUAUCGUUAUUAUUUCUGAAACUCCGAUAAUGUAAUCACUAAUGAUACUUAUUAAAUUUGUGGUAUUAUGCUUUAUUGUA